AUGGUUUACGACAAAUCUUGUCAUUUACCAGUAGAAUUGGAGCAUAAAGCAUAUUGGGCUUUGAAGUUUUUGAAUUUUGAUGAGACUGCAUCAGGGGAACAAAGGAAAACACAGUUGUUGGUGUUGGAGGAAAUGAGAUGGAAUGCUUAUGAGUCUUCCAGAUUGUACAAAGAUAAAAUAAAGGCCUACCAUGAUAAGAAGAUGCUCAAGAAGGAAUUCAGACCAGGACAACAAGUAUUGAUGUUUAACUCCAUAUUGAAGUUAUUUACGGGAAAACUCAAAUCUAAAUGGUCAGGACCUUCACUAUCAAAGAGGUCAGGUCAUAUGGAGCUGUAG